UCGACCUCCAGCCCACCGACCGCGCACGCGCACGCGCCGGCGAACACACCAACAAAUCCUCUGCUGAAAUUCACAUUCAACUAGGCACAGGACCCUGCGCGGUGAAUUGGAUCCCUUACUGCGUUUUCCAUCAAGUAGAAAUAAACAACAUGCUCUUCUAGAUACGGCGAGAUUGUUAAGUUUUUACAAAAUGACAGAACCUGGGAAACUUUUAAAUACUGUUUGAAGGGAAGUUACUGCAAAGAGACCACCUGCGGAAGAAAAACAAAACACUUGUUGGUGAACCAGUCUGAUGUUUCCCGGGACAGUAGCAGUGUUGAACGUGUUGACUUGACAACCAGAGGUGACAACCAGGUGAAGCAACCAACCCAAACACACACACAUAGUGUCAGCAUCUCUGGGAGUGUGUGUGUGUGUGUGUGUGCAUCUGAGAUCGGGAUGCCUUGGGGGGGGCUUGCCUGGUGGACCCCCCACUGACCUCCCAGAAAACGCCCACUGCCCCACCCCCAACCGUUACCCUUCUACCUCCACCCCGGCCUCAGCAUGGCUGGUCUGGUGCUGAAUGAGACAGGCAUGGAGGACUGUGGGAUAGAUGACAGCUUUAAGUAUGACCUGUACAGCGUGGUCUACAGUGUGGUGUUUGUCCUGGGGCUCUGCACCAACUGUGCUGCUCUCUUUGUGUUCUGCUUCCGGAUGAAGCUACGCAACGAGACAACGCUGUUCAUGACUAACCUGGCGUUGUCAGACCUUGUGUUUGUGUUCACACUGCCCUUCAAGGUCUACUACAACGUCAACCGACACUGGCCCUUUGGAGAUGAACUCUGCAAGGUAUCAGGAACAGCGUUCAUCACCAACAUCUACGGUUCCAUGUUAUUCCUCACCUGCAUCAGCGUGGACCGCUUUCUGGCCAUCGUCUACCCCUUCCGCUCACGCUCAGUCCGCACGAGGAGGAACGCAGGCCUGGUGUGUGCUGCGGUCUGGCUCACCAUCGUGGGUGGAGGGAUAUCGGUCACCUUCUUUUCCACGAUCAACCAGGCGAACCGCGCCACGGCCUGCUUCGAGGGAUUCUCCAAGAGCACCUGGAAGACAUACCUGUCUAAGAUUACUAUCUUUAUAGAGAUCGUAGGUUUUCUCCUCCCACUCCUAACCAACCUGGUGUGUUCCUCUCUGGUGCUGAGGACCCUCCGUCGCCCAGGGACCAUCGGCCACAGCUGCAACAGCAAGCGCCGGGUGCUCCGUAUGAUCCUCGUCCACCUGGCCAUCUUCAUCAUCUGCUUCGUCCCCUACAACUCCAUCCUCUUCCUAUAUGCCAUGGUGCGGACCCAGGCUCUGGCCAACUGUAACCUUGAGAGGUUUGUCCGGACGCUGUACCCCAUCACACUGUGUCUGGCCACCCUCAACUGCUGCCUAGACCCAGUGGUGUACUACUUUACAUCUGAGUCCUUCCAGAAGAGUCUCACCACAGGGGGGAAGGGAGGGGUCCGGGCUGAGAGCAUCCCCCGCAGCGACACACACCUGAGUAGUGAGGCAGAGACGCAGCAGGACACAGGGACACUGACCAGGGAUGGGAGACCGUGGAGAGACACACGGGACUGGACAGUCACCAGGAGAGACUCACAAGAAGCAUCUCUCACUAGAAACACCCAGGACGCAUAUGCUCUCGCCAGCAACGGGAAAGAUAUGGGAGUGAAUGAGACUCAGUUCUGACACUACGGGUGAGAGAGAAAUAAAAAGAGAGAGAUGGAGAAAGAGA